UCUCGCGCGGGCAAACGUAUACGCACACACGUCGGAUCUGCUCACCCGCGCACACGAAACGUCGUUCGAUCAUCGGUUUUUUUUUUUUUAAUUUUUCUAUUUUGUUGUUUCAAAGCUCCAUUAUUUUAUCAAAUAAAAAGUGAAAAAAAGUUAUCGACUCGUCGGCCAAAAAAUCCCUAGUGCGCUAAUUUGCUCUCAAUUGCGGUCGUAUGGACGUAUUAGUAAUAAAUUUCAAUUUUUUUCAACCGAAUUUUGUCGUGUCGUCGCCAGAUCGUUUUGGAAGAGAUAACAAUUGUAUUAUCGUAAGCACUUCCGACUCCUAUUAUCAGCAGCAGCCGGAACAUUCUAAAGACCGUUCCCGCGGUUUUCCGGCUAACGUCGGGUCAGUUUCAAUUUCGAUUCCCGGGUUUUUCUUUUUGAAUUUUUUCUCACCGUUUUCGCGUAAGACAUGUCGUUGACAUGACCGCGUUCCCACCAGGUCGCCGCCAACAACAAUGUCUUCUUCGUCUGGUGUCGCCGAUCCCGAACCGGACACUAUGAUACAGGACAAUAUCGCUGCGGCGUAUGCGCCGUCCGGUUACUCGAUAACCGAAGAUUUUAAGUUACAAACUCAUGGUCUGGACUCUCCACACCACCAGGGAUUGUACGGUGGCCUAGGUCACUCGCCCACUUCUGGUUCACCUUGUUCCGUAUACGCUUACCAGCCGUACCACCGGAACUACGGCGCAGGUCAGUUCCAUCAAUCGACGGCCGCCGAAAUUCAACAGCAGCAGCAGCAGAUACCAGUGACCCAAAUGGUAGUACCACCUCCGCUGUCAGCGCAAAAAUCCUCGGACGAUGCGGCAGCGGCGUGUUGGUUGCAGCAUAACGGCGGUGGAUCGGCUUUCGAACACCACCUGCACCACCAACAGCAGCUGUCGUCAGCCUAUCAGUCACAUCACCAGCAGAGGCAACAAGACAACAACGGCAUGACCGGAGGCGUCCAACAGCAGCAGCAACAGCAGACGGCCAAGAUGACACAGCAACAGCAACAGAAAGCGGUCAAGGAGCAGCGGAUCCGAAGACCUAUGAACGCGUUCAUGGUAUGGGCCAAGGUGGAGCGGAAAAAGUUGGCUGACGAAAAUCCUGACUUGCACAACGCUGACCUUAGCAAAAUGCUCGGAAAAAAAUGGCGAAGUUUGACGCCGCAGGACCGUCGGCCGUACGUGGAGGAAGCUGAACGGCUGCGGGUAAUCCACAUGCAAGAACACCCCAACUACAAGUACAGGCCCCGGCGCAGGAAGCACAACAAGCAGCGCGCGGGCUCGCCGACUUCCGUGGUCGGCGUGUCGGCGGCGGCGCAAGGCGGCUCCGGACAAUCGCCAACAUCUCGUCGCCCGAACUCGGCGGGACAAGUCAAGUUGGUCCAGUACCCGUCCAGCUCACCGUACCAGAGCUCGUCGUCGUAUUCGUCACCGGCCGUCCAUCAGCAGCAACCGUACGCGUACCAGCCGUACAGCCCGUCCAAGACGACGUCGCCUUACUACCCGAACAGCGAGAGCCCGUACUCGCCUGUCCGUGUGUCCGAGGUCAUCACUCCAGAGUCUUCGCCCACGUGUAGUCCCGAUCCGGACAAACCCGCCGGCCCGGCUAAGGCUACCGACGAGACCGGCGGCGGUGGACAGGCCCCGGACGGCGGGAUGCUGCAGCAGCGGUCAGCUAGCAAGACGCCCACGCUCCCCACGCCCGAACUGUCGCCCAUGGAACCAGCCACGGGCGCAGGCAAAGACCCACACCACCACUCGCAUCACCAUCAGCACCACGGUCACCAACACUUGCACCACCCAUACCACCGGUCCGACGUUGUCAAGUACGAACUCGACGACUUUGGCGGCUAUUACGGAAGCGGCAGUGGACAGAAACUGCUGAACAACAACAACAACCACCAUCGACAAUUCAACAACAACAACAACAACAGUCAGACGUCGUCUUAUCAACCGGCUCCCGGUUCGAUAGCGGCCAUGGGAGUGGCCAAGGGCAUGGUGAUGAUGUGCACCAAUCAGCGAUUGGCGUACGAACACAAUAAUAUAGUGACCGGUACGUUUUACCCGCCGAUAGCCACGUCCCAAGACCAGCAGGUUCUAGGACCAAACUCACAACACCAUCAACAACAGCAACAACAGCAACAGCAGCAGCAACAGCAACAGCAGCAACAACCUCAUUACGCCAACAGGCCGUUCUAUUCGACUAGUGGACUUCACGCUGCCGGCACCGCCGUCUAUACGAGCAGCCUAUCGUCGGCCACGGCCAUCGCGGCCGGAAGACCUCCGUCUGACGGAUACCACGCCGCUGGAAGUAUAUUGCAACAGCAACAAGAAGACCAUCACCAUAACUUACAGGGCUUGCAACAGCACAGACAACAGUCGACGGGUAACGAUUACCACGGUGGCGGUACGGGCAGAGGUAAUGGCGGCGAAAUCAUCGAGAUGAGCUUCGAACAUCAUCAAACGCCCUCGGAAAUGCUGUUGGCCAACCUGCAGCGGCCCAGAUCUCAGCAGUCCGACGUCGCGGCGGUGGACGCAUCGUCGUCUGUCGGAGCCAGCUCCGAACUCGAUCGGUACUUAAAGUAUAUGGCCCAACAGCCAGACAAUAAUCACAACUAUCAACAGCAGCAGCAGCAGCAGCAGCAACAACACAAUAUCAUGUUUGCCGGAAUACAACAAUCGCACAACCAACCACAACAACACCACCACCACCACCACCAUCAUCUCCAGCAGCAGCAACAGCAGCAGCAGCAGCAGCAUCAACAGCAGCAACAACAACAGCAACAGUAUAGUUCUUACUAUGCGCCGGCGGUGGUGCAACACGCCGUGCAUCAGGACGUCCAUCAUCACCACCAACAGCACCACAGUCCAUCGUAUCUGCUCAACAACUGCGGUAUAAAAAGCGAGUUCGGUGGUUACUCGUCUCUGGACUGCCUACCGCCACAGCACUAUCCCGACGUUCAGAACGUUCCGGCUACAGCCAACAUGCAGAGCGUGGCCGCAGCGGCUGCAGCCGCCGCGGGCCAAGUGUUGGCCGCCGGUGGUGGUGGAAAACCGGACGAGGAGUUCAGCGUCAUACUCGCGGACGUCCGGAAAACUUGCUAUAGCAGUUGAAGUCGUCUAAUGAUCUGGUUGGCGAACGUAACGGAAAAAGGAAAGCCGAAGCGAUUUGCGGUUUUGGUCCUGGAGACCGCUCUCCGGAAACGCGUUCGAAAUCAAACCUUUCGCGUUGUAAAGUUAUUGCGUUCUUCUCGUUGCGAUUUUUGUCAUAGUUUUCUAUUAUUAAUAUUUUAUUUAUUUUCGUAAACUCGUGCACCGCGCAAGAGGUUGUACAUAUAACGUCGUGUGUAAUGACACAUAUUUUAUUAAUGUGUAAUUGUUUUUGUAUAUAUUCGAUAACCACAUAGGUUCUGUGAUGAUUCGCUUUAUCUUGGGCGACACUGUUUUAUUAUUAUUAUUUAUCCGUGUUUAUGUAAUAUUAUAUAUAUAUACAUAUGUUAUCAUUAUGUAAGAGGACCUAUACGUUUUGCAAUAAGCGACAAAAAACGUGUUAUCAUAAACUAUAUUAUAUUAUUAUUAAUUAGAGUUAACGUAUUAUUAUUGCUAUCAAUUAUUAUUACAGGGUUUGUUAUAUGUAUAUGAAAUAGAUCAUUUUGUGACUAAAUAUAUAUUUUAUAAAUUAUUAUUAAUAUUGUACAUACGAACAUAUCUCUUUACGAAUGGGUUAAUUUUAAAUUCCGUUUUUCAACCACAGUCUUCCUACGAACGAACAACAUUUUUUAAAGUCGUAUAAUAAAUUAUACAGGAAUCGUGUCACAAUAAAUAUCGAUGAGUAUAUUUAUUUCUAUGUACCUUAUUUCUGCAUAAACAUAUUAACAAUUUUCGGUUGUAUUGAUUAUAUUUUGUAUACUGUUUUUACCAUGCUCGUAUUUGUUGGCUAUAUACUAUUGUGUGUAUACGUUAUAUUCGCAUGUGUUGUAAUUAUAUUUUAUUCCGUUAUUCAGUGUAAUAUGUAUAAUAUGUGUAUUUUUUUUAU